GCUCCGCCUAUCCGCGCAUUGUACGUGCCUUUACGUAGCUCGUCACAAGGCAGACCAGACGACUUAAAGCUUGCUGUGAUGGCUGCUCCUCCCGAUUCGGAGAGUUUGGAGUCUCGCAUCAACAGAGCAACCAAUCCACUGAAUAGGGAGACUGACUGGAGCAGCAUCAAUGCCUUCUGUGAACAGCUCAAUAAUGAUUUGGAGGGGCCUCAGCUGGCUACCAGGUUGUUGGCCCACAAGAUCCAAUCUCCACAGGAGUGGGAGGCCAUGCAGGCACUUGUGGUUCUGGAGUCGUGUAUGAAAAACUGUGGGAAACGCUUUCACAGUGAAGUAGGCAAGUUCCGCUUUCUCAAUGAGCUCAUCAAAGUGGUUUCGCCAAAGUACCUGGGUUCGCGCUCACCGGAGCCAGUGAAGAAGAAGGUCUUGGAGUUGAUCUACAGCUGGACGUUAGGCUUGCCCGAUGAGUCCAAAAUCAUAGACGCCUAUCAGAUGCUAAAGAAACAAGGUAUUAUCAAACAAGAUCCACAACUGCCUCCCGAUAAACUACCCAAUCAUCCACCACCCAGACCAAAAAAUGCUGUAUUUGAAGAUGAAGAAAAGUCUAAAAUGUUGUCUCGCCUGCUGAACAGCUCGCAUCCCGAAGACUUGAAGGCCGCCAAUAAGCUCAUCAAGGAAAUGGUCCAAGAGGAUCAGAGACGAACAGAGAAGGUGACCAAGCGGGUGGGUGCCAUCCAGGAGGUCAAGGAGAGCAUCACUUUGCUGACUCAGCUUCUGCAGGACUACGAUGCCAACACUACAAAUCAGAGUAACGCUGAGCUCAUACAGGACCUUUACCAGCGCUGCGAAAAAAUGCGACCCACACUAUUCAGAUUGGCAAGCGAUACGGAGGAUAAUGAUGAAGCUUUAGCGGAGAUCUUGCAGGCCAACGACAGCCUGACCCAUGUCAUCAAUUUGUACAAGCAGCAGGUGAAAGGGGAGAUUGUGAACAGCAACAAUGCAUUAAACGCACAAAAGCAGACAGUGGGGACAGCACUGCUGGAUCUGUCUGGCUUGGACACAUCGCCCCAGUCUCCCCCAUCCUUCCCAGAACUCCCUACUCCAACAGACAGCCUCAAUGCAACCUCGCAGGAAACCGGCAUCUCCCUACUUGAUGAUGAGCUCAUGUCGCUUGGUUUAAGUGAAGGAACACACACCUCGAACCCUCCCUCCCAGCCCGAGGACUCCACAGCUUGGGACUCCUUCCAGUCAUCUGACAGUAUCGAUGCAGACACCCCAGCAGCACCUAGUCUUCUCCUGAGUCCGGAACCUUCCUCCCACUCGCACCCAGUCUCUCCCGCCUCUGCUCCCAAAGGCUCAGUCCUGGAUGAACUCGAUUUAUUAGGAAAGACGCUGCUGCAGCAAUCUCUUCCUCCCGAAGGCCUACAGUUCAAAUGGGACAAACAGCAGGUCAAACCAACUCUGAGAGAUCUACAGAGCAAGUCGGGGUCUACUAUUCCCCCCAACCGCAUCCCGCUCUUCAGCUCAGACCGCCCCGCGCUGCCCCUCCCCUCUGAGCCCACCACAUUUGACAUGUCCCCCGCAUGCCCAGAGACUGCAUCUGCUGAGCUUUCCCUGGCUGAUGUCUUUGUGCCUCUAGAAUCCAUUAAACCUAGUAGUCUGCUGCCUGUGACUGUCUUCGAUGGACACAGCCUGCGGGUCCUUUGCCACUUUGCCCGUGAUUCGGCACCAUCUCGCCCCGACGUGCAGGUGGCCAUCAUCUCCAUGCUGUCCUCCGCUCCCGUGCCUGUCACCAACAUAAACAUAAACAUCUCUGCUCAGAAGUCAAUGGGAGUAAAGUUGCAGCCACCAUCUGGAAGCGAUUUGCCACCGUUCAAUCCCAUCCUUCCUACUGCUGCUGUCACACAGAUCAUGCUACUGGCAAACCCAAACAAGGAGAAAGUUCAACUGCAGUACAGAUUGAGCUUCACCUUGGGCGACCAGGUGCACAACGAGAGUGGCAGUCUUGAAAACUGGCCUGCUUCAGACACUUGGGGGAACCUAUAGCGGCCGGCAAAGUCCAACCUGACAGACACUUGUCCGCCAAACUCAGCUACACUCCGUACCUAUUCUAAAUUUUUGUUUGGCCCCCUUCCCCUCCCCUUUCACUUCUGCUCAUGCUCUCUGUGUGUGCUUUGCUUUAACUGACUUGUUAAUACCGCCGCUUUUUUUUCCCUUCUUCUCUCUCUUCCCCCAAAUCUUUUAAAGACUGCUACAAAUGAAGAACCGACAUUCACUACUGCAUGCGCAUAUGUGCUUCAGGUCGUUGGCCUUGAGCACAACGUUUGACUUUGUAGAUUUGGUCCUCACUUGUGCAUGCUCUGCUGUCAUGACGCGUGCCAAGACAGAAAGGACAUAUGCGUUACCUCCUCUUAGUUUGUCAAACCAAAAACUGCUGAAUCAUCACUUAUGUCUCAUCAAUGGGGACUUUUCCUUGUUUGUGUCAUGACAAAAAAAAGUACUGUGACAUUGUGUAUUUUCUGCCAUAUGUGCCUCUUUCUCAGUUCUGUUUAACUUUUAGCACAUUUGUUCUGUAAUACAUCAUUUAUUUCAACAAGUUGCAGUGUAUCAUUAUAUUUUAAUAUACUUUUUUUUUUUUUUUUUUAAAUAGGAUCUUUGUUCAAUUGUGAUCAUGGCUCUUCCUAUAUCACCAAUACAUGAGUAAAGUAAAAUUGAAAAUGCAUGAAAUGGAUUGCUAAACAAAUUGCAACCUAGAGCUUGGUGUCCAUCUUGUUCAUUUGAGCUCUGCAGUCUUGAGUCCUUCCUCACGUUCUGCUCCCUCCUCCUUAGUGCGACUGCUUUGUAAAUACCAAUGUACAUUUGACCUGUGCAAAAGCAUAAACAGUGCUAAGAUAUGAAGGAGUAAUAAAGGUUUUGGUGGAGGUGGGGAUUCAUUUAAA